AUGUCUACGUUGGCUAAAGAUAUUUCACAAGAAUGGCGACUUAGCAAUAAAAUUAUGUCAGGAUUGGGAUAUGUUACUAAAUCUAAUAUUGAAUUGACAAACUUUCUUCGAGAAAUUGAAUAUGGAGAAUUGCCUAUUCGUGUGCCACCACCGCCACCUCCAAGUGAAACAGAAUCGGAAAAAAAUGAUGAUUUUAUAACUUAUAAUGAGGAUUGUCUAGAUCAGGAUGUUGAUUCAAGAUCAAAUAUUAACUACGAAGAACAAUCAGAACUUUCUAUUUUAACUAUUGAUGAGUCUGCUACUAUUGAUGAGUCUGCUACCAUUGAUGGGUCCGCCACCAUUGAUGAGUCUGCCACCAUUGAUGAGUCUGCUACUAUUGAUGAGUCUGCUAUUCAGGACGAAACAAGUAAUAUUAGUGAACCUAAAGACGAU